CUUUUUUUUUCUUUUUGUUUUUUUGUGUGUGAAUGUGUGUGUUUUUUUCAACACGUCGCCCAGUCUCCUUGAUCUUCGGUUGGUUCUUUCCCGUCGCCUUUUUGGUUCCGCUCAUCUCUUUCCUUUCGCGAUUCUCCGUGCGCUGCUACGAGAGAGAUUAGAUGGAGUCUCGACUCUUCUUCGUGAAAUUAGCGACGACGCCCAUCCCACUUCCCAUCUCUUCUUCUUCUUCUUCUUCUAAAAUCCCCUUCUCUCGCUGCAGCUUCUUCUCAACACCCAUCAUUGCGCCGUCCAAAUCUCCGCAUGCCCUUCGACUCCCCUCUGAUGGCUCUCGCGCGUUUCGUCGGCGAUUUAGGGCUUCCAAGGCCGACCCCGCCGAGGAGGAGGAGGAGGAGGAGACGCCAGCCGAGGCCGGAGUUCGCAGUCGCACGUGGAACUGGCGAGGUUACUGCAUUCGUUAUCAAAGUGCUGGAGAGAGUGGUCCUGCAUUAGUUUUAGUUCAUGGUUUUGGGGCGAACAGUGACCAUUGGCGUAAAAAUAUUCCUGUCCUUGCAAAGUCAAAUAGAGUUUAUGCUUUUGAUCUUAUUGGUUAUGGUUAUUCUGAUAAGCCAAAUCCAAGAGAGCUUGGUGGGAAUCCCUUUUAUACAUUUGAGACAUGGGCAGACCAGCUAAAUGAGUUUUGUGCAGAAGUGGUUGGAGAUGAAGCGUUCUUCAUAUGCAACUCUAUCGGUGGACUGGUUGGUCUUCAGGCAGCUGUCGUGAAGCCUCAGGUUUGUAAGGGUAUUGUCCUGCUGGACAUUUCGUUGAGGAUGCUUCAUAUAAAGAAGCAGCCUUGGUAUGGGAGACCUUUCAUCAAAUCAUUCCAGAGCUUGCUGAGGAACACAGCUGUGGGGAAGUUAUUUUAUAAUGCAAUUGCUACACCAGAAUCUGUGAGAAGUAUCCUUUGUCAGUGUUAUCACGACACAUCGGCAGUUACGGAUGAGCUGGUUCAGAUAAUUCUGCAGCCAGGACUUGCUCCUGGCGCAGCAGAUGUAUUCCUCGAGUUCAUCUGCUACUCUGAAGGCCCCCUUCCCGAAGAGCUGCUCCCAAAAGUGAAGUGUCCUGUUUUGGUAGCUUGGGGGGACAAGGACCCAUGGGAGCCUGUUGAACUUGGGAGAGCAUAUGCAGAUUUUAAUGUUGUAGAAGAAUUCAUCGUGCUUCCGAAUGUCGGACACUGCCCACAGGUUAACACUCUCUUCAGAUAUUGUUGCAUAAUACUCACUGGUUAUAUUUUCCCAUGGCUACUUAUUUUUUGCCAAAAAAUUGUAUGGACACUCCCACAAGUGUAUGACAUCUACGAAAAUGUGCGUGAUCUUCAGUUAUUUGAUCUCAUAAUAUUCCAUCAGGUUCAUGACAGAAUUCGAUAAUUUGUACCAGAAAAGUGACAGAGUAUCGCACUGUAUCAGAACAUUCUGAUAAAUAUGGAAUGUUUGCAUCCUAAAGAACAUAAGACAGUUAAAUUUUGACCAA